GUGACAUUUGACACGUCAUUUCUAGGUUAGUGAAUUUCUAUUUUGGGAGUGUAGUGUUUAUUUAUGAAGAAAAUAACUCGGAAUUAGGAAAAUGUUUAAGAAACUAAAAGAAAAAAUCACGGAGGAGGUCAGGAGUAGCCCCCAAAGACUUCAACAACUCACGCAAAGCGUUAGUGAUAAAUUACAAGGCACUAACAGUUCGGACGAAAAUUUUUUCUCGAUAGGUGACGAAGAUGCUAGCACCCCAAAUAUGAGCACCGUUGAUCAAGGAUUUUCUAGUGUAGCUUUAGUAUCUCCAACUUCAGAAGAAAAACUAAGGCGAAGUUCAAUAUCGUCUCUUGCUAGUGAUAUAUCGUUUCUCCCAAAAUAUGAUGCUGCAAAUAUGUACCAUUUGCAAUCUGAUAUGGAUGUAUCAGCCAGUGAACUUGAAGAUAACAUCUCUCAAUCAUCGUCAAAUGUUGGUCGAGUAUCUAAAGAACAAUUAUAUUCUGCCUUUAAAAAAUCUCAAAUGCAGUACCAUAAAUAUAGAGGUAGAUAUACCGAUCUUGCCCGGCAUUAUAAAGAGAUAGAAAGAGAGAUGUCAAAGAUGAAGGCGGUCCUAGUUGAAACACAGGAUAAGGCAAUUCGUAGAGUCACAGAGCUCAAAGAACAAUGUUCUCUGGAGCAAAAAGCUAAAGCACACUUAGAAAGCGCUUUACGUGACGAAUUAGAUGAAAAAGAAAUGAAAAUACAGUCGCUUCAAACUAAAAUUGAUCUGUUACAAGGUCCAAACGCUGCACAAAAUCCUAUUACUAUUGAUAAACUCGAUUUGAGUCAUGCAGAGGCAGACAAAUUAGAACAAUUAACAAAAUACUUAAAUGAUGCUAGAAGCGAGAUUGAAGCUCUCAAUCAAGAACACAAAGCUAGUACGAUAAUAUUUCAAACUAAAGAACAAGAAUAUAAAAUGAAAAUAGUUAAUUUAGAGAAGGACAUAAGUAGUUUGUAUGAAAGAGAGAAAGAAAACAAUAUAAAAUUAGCUGAAAACAAGAUGGAGCUUCAUAAUGAGUUGUUAAGCAAAGAUGCUGAAAUCAAUAAGAUGAAGAAAGAAAUUGAAUCUUUAAAGGUGAGUUUAAGUACUAAAGAAAAGGAAGAAAAAAAUACGAAAUUGGAAAAUCUGCAAAGUCAAAAUGGAAAGCUUAUCGAAAAAAUAGAAAAUCUAACUCAAAAAUGUAACGGCUUCGAACAUGAACUUCUCAAAGUUGAAACAUAUAAAAUGGAAAUUCAGAAAUUGACAGAACAAAAUUCAAUACUAACUAAAAAUGCAGAUGAAAAUAUAAGUCUCAGUGAUAAUAUUAGCAAAUUGACAGCAGAAAAUAAUGGUUUGAGAAGUACAAUUAGUGAUUUAAAAACUGGUUUAAAUAAUAUUCAGGAAAAUUUUAAAAUAUUGUCCGACGAAAAAAAUAAUUUGAUCCAAACAAUCGAAAAGGAAAAGAAAGAAUACGAAACACAAAUAGAAAAUUUGAGAUACAAUGCAAAGCAAGGCUUGUUCAGUCUAGAAAAACAAAUAUUAGAACGAAUGAAAACAACGUACGAUGAAAAAGAGAAACAAUUAAGAAAUCAAUUUAACCAGAAAAUCGAAGAGAUUACAUCAAACAACAAGGAAUUAAAAGAAAUUCAUUUGCAACUGAUCGAUAAAGAAAAUAUUAUUAAAAGGAUAAGUGAGGAGUUUGAAGAAUUAAAAAAUAAAUUGCGGGAUAAGGAGAAUAAGUUUGAUGAAUUGGAAAGAAACCAUUUGGAGUUAAUUGAUGAGUGUAGUAAAUUACGAACAACAACUAAUUUGUUAGAGACUCAAAUAAAUGAAGUAACUAACCAAAAAAUACAAGAUAAUGAAGAUAAAAAGAAUCUGCAGGACCAUAUUAAAACUCUAGAAGAUGAGGUGAAUCAUAUUCAGAAAAUCUGUAAAGAUAAGGAAGAAAAUAAUGUUCAGUUAUCAACAGAAAUAUUGAAAUUGCAAAAUACGAAUAGAGAUUUAUUGGAAAAAGUAAGAUUAGUUGAAGAAAAACAAGAAAUGGCAGAAAUGAUACCAACAGAGAAUAACUUACUUGAAAUGAAAAUACAUAAAUUAGAGGAAGAAAAGUUAUCACUUCUUAAUGAUUUCGAGAAAGAAAGAAAAAUACUCAACGAAAUGAUAAAAGAAAACAAGGAGGUUAAAAUUAAGGAUGUAAAAAUCAGUGAAUUAAAUGAUGUAAAUCAUAAACUUGAAGAGAAAAUAUGCAAAUUAAAAGAGUACUUAAAAGCAAAGGAAGACAGCAUUGUGGAACUUAAUAAAAAUAAAUUUAACCUAGAACAAGAAGUAAUAAAACUAAAGGAAUCUGUCAGAAUUCUCGAGGAACAUGAGGAAGCAAUCGAGUUAGACAAAACCGAAUGUAACCUUUUACAAAUCAAAGUUCAGCAGCUGGAAAAAGAAAAAGAAAAUUUACUAAAAUCUUUUGAAAAUGAGAGGGAAAUAUUCGACCACACGUUUCAUAAGACCAAUCAAGAAUUUGAUACACACAAAGAAGAAAUAAUGAAUGAAAAUGUUAGUUUAGCAAAAGAAAAUCUUGAGCUGAAAAAAUCUUAUGAAGAGUUAAAACAGAAAGUUAGAAUUUUUGAAGAACGAGAUGAGGUAAUCGAAUUGGAAAAAUCGGAAGCUAUGUUACUAAAACUGAAACUACAACAACUCGAAACUGAGAAGUCGGAGCUAUUAAACAGUUUCGAAAUGGAACGAGAAAUGUUUAAUAAAAUUCUUAUCGAACAUAAAGAACUCAAGCUCAAAGAAGAACAAAUUAAAGAACUGGAAGAUAGCAACAAACACUUAACUGAAAGACUUGCAGAGUUUAAAGGUUUUUUGAAAAAGAAAGACGGAAAUAUUGUCGAUUUACAAAAAGCAAAACUAACAUUAGAACAGGAUAUAGCCAAGUUAAAGGAGUCGUUAAGAAUAAAGGAAGAAGAAGUGGAUGCUAUUUCCGUAGAGAAAACUGAGUGUGAAUUGUUACAACUAAAAUUGCAAGCAUUACAGGAGGAAAAACAGAACUUACUAAAUUCGUUUGAAAUUGAAAGAAAGACUUUUGAAGAAGAGACACUUAAAACUACGCAUAUAGAGAAUAGUUUAGAAAAAUUAAAUGAAGAAAAUUCCAUAUUGAGAAGUGAAGUUGACACGCUUAUUAAAGACAAUAAGAUUAUUCAGGAAAAAUAUUCAAGUUUAUACAAUGAUCAGAAUGAAAAUGUUGAUAUUAUAAACGAACAGAAGCAACUAAUAUCUAAUUUGAAUUCUGAAAUUGACGAGCUUAGAUCCAACCAUGAAACAGAAAAAAAUAAAAAUAACCACCUUGUUAAUAAAUUAAGUGAUUUAACGCAAGAAAUAGACGGAUAUAAAAUAGAGAAGGAAGAAGUUAAAAAAACUUUACAAGCAUUCGAAAACAGGAUCGAAGAGGUAAAACGAAAUGCUGCAGAUAGAGUAGAGGAGAAAAUAAAGGAACUAGAGGUUCUCGUUAAAGAAAAAUCAGUGUUAGAAACGGAACUUAGGAAAAAAAUCGAGCAGCAUAAUUUCAAAAGCAAAGAAAUGGGCGUAAUUCAGCAACAAUUCAAUGUACUUAUGCAGGAGAAAGAAAAUGUUCUGAGCGAAAAUAAACAUAUUAAAAUGCAACUGGAAGAACUUAAAAAUGCUAAUUUUAAAAGUUUAGAAUCGAAAGUUAAAGAAUUGGAACAAGCCAAAGAACUGAAUAAGGUUAUUCAAAACGUCUACGAUAAAUUAAAUCAAGAAGUGUCAGAGCUAAAAAUUAGAAUAAACCAACUUACAUCCGAUAACAAAAACGUGCAUGAAGAAUAUGAGAAACUGGUGAUGGAACUUGAAGGUCACAAAGCAAGAAAUGCUUUUCUGGAGAAGGAGAAAUUAGAAUUUGAAGAAAAAACAGAGAAAACUGAAAAACACACCGUUGCUUUACAGGAUAAAAUUAAUGAUCUGGCUGAACAACUACAUCAAAUCAAGAAGGAUUCUAAGGAUGUCAAGCCGUCUAGUACAGACUUAGAAGAUAUUCAAAAAGAUUUUUACGAUCUAAAAGAGAAAUGUGAUAAUUUAUUCGUAGAAAACAAGAAUUUAAAACAGGAAUACACUAGGAUACAGGAACAAUGUGAUAACUUUAAUAAGAUUAAACAAGAUUUAGAAAAACAAGUCGCCGAUCUAGAGGGACACUACAACGAAGUGCUACACGAAAAACAGCUGCUUCAAGAUGAAGUGCAAGAGCUGAAAAUAUCGCCUAUUAAUUCGGGCACGAGUGUCACGAGUAAUGGGACAAGUAAGUUAGAAAAUCUAAACAUUGUGAAGCAAGAAACUUUACUAAAUGCUGUUUCCAAUGAACAAAGUACAGACAGCGAAAAGUGGCAUAGAGAAUUCGAAAACUUAACCGAUAAAUUGGCACAGUACAAAUCUCUCGAUGUAACAAAUAAAAGUUCGAUAGAAUUCUACGAGAACGAACUGCAAAAACAGAAAAAUAAAAAUGAGAAACUCAACAGAAAGUUGGAUGAAACGCUAGUAACCUUGAGUCAUUGCGCUGAGCUAUCAAAUUCGACUGAAAUUGAGUAUUUAAGAAACGUUUUAUACAAUUACAUGUUAGGAAAAGAGAGUCUAGUGUUAGCUAGAGUAAUAGCCGCUGUUUGUAAAUUUGAUCCAAACCAGACUGAAGCAGUGUUACAGAAGGAACAACAGAAACAGACUUUGCUGGGCCAGCUGGGACUUCUCUAGCAGUUAGAAAGUGAAACGUAAGACCUAACCUUCUGGUACUCUGCCAUAUAACACCUCAUACAGUUCAAAAAACAGUCACUUAUAUUAAGUUAUCAACAUCUAUGAGCGUUUUCAAUAUAAAUAUUUUAGAAAGAAAUAUACGAAGAAACUUGGUACUUUUUAUUUAUAUCAGGAAUGGGGUAUUAUUUAGAUUUCCCACCAUGACCAGUUAUAAAUUAAUAUAUAAUAUAUAGACUUAAAGAUGGUUCUGGAGAGAUUGUAUAUAUUUAGGCACCAAUUGUGACACAGAAUCAAAUAAAUCUUGUAGACUAUCUUAAUAUAAACAAAUCUAAUUUUGUAAUUCAAUCAAAUAAUCAUAACUUUAGAAAAUAUCUUUCUCUAUAAAUACAGGGUUAGUCAUCAACGAUAAAGUUCAUUUACUCGUUUAUCUUGACAAUUUCAGAAAAAUUAAAAUAGUUAAGUAAUGCGAAAAUAGACAAUUAAAAAUUAUUUUCCAAUAUUCAUUUGAAGGGUCCAGGGGACAACAUGAUAAGUGCUAUUUUACUAAUUAUCAGGUUCUUUCCCUGUAUGUAUUUUUUUUUCUAGGCAUAUAUCAUAGGAUUUAACUCCUUAUUGUCCUACACAUUUUGUAGGGCCCAGUUAGACCUACUAUAAUAUUGUAAAACACUAAAAUUAAGAAACUGGCGCUUAUGAUAUUUUUCCUCUGGACCCUUCAUUUAUAUUAAGUAUCCUUCAAAAAAGUGUGGUGGAUAUAACUUUUUUUUUUUUUGAAUGAACACCCUACUUUACAGGGGUGAGCAUAUAAUGUAGGCAAAAAGACGUUGAAUACCCCAGACAAAAGCAUAAAAUAUAUUUUAGUCCUAAUUACCAAUAUAAAGAACUAAAUACAACCAGCAAUAAAGUAGGUCCCAAAAUGAAUUUGGCAAAAGCUAAAGUAAUGUAUAGAUGACAGAAAAGACAUUCUAAUCAAUAACACAACGCUGGAAAAGGUAGAAGAAUAUAUAUUUAGGACAACUAAUACACAGGUCAGGAUCUCUACUACCAGAAAUCAACAGAAUAAUUAAGUUAGCAUAGAGCAUAGAGCACCUAUGGAAUAUGAAUCUCAGUCAUAUUGAAAUCUAGAAUGCCAUUUUAUCUAAAGAAGAAAACAUUCGGGGAUGUGUAUUACCAGUCAUGACCUGUGCAUGUCAAACCUGGACACUUAAAACGGACGUUGUAAGGAAACUGAAGCUCGCACAACUCUGGAUGGAAGGAAAUAUACUGGGAAUAACCAAGAAAGAUCUUAAAAAAUUGAGUGGAUAAUACAAAAAAUCAAGAUAAUAGAUGUCAUCCACAGAAUUAAAUUCCUUAAGUGGCAAUGGGCAAGACACCUAGCAAGAAGGACGGACCACAGAUGGACCAUUACACCAUGGUACCCACGAGGAAUUAAGAAACCUAGAAGAACGCCAAACCUGCUAUGGGACCAUGAUUGGGAAGGCUACAACAUAAUUGGAAAUAGUUGAAAAAGCUGAAAUAAUCAUUACAAGAACUACUAGUUUUAGGUAUAUAGCAUUAUAUUUUAUAUAACAAAAGUUAGUAUAGCAUUUUACGCAGACUCUAAAUAAAAAUAAAAUAACAGGGCGUUACAUUUAAAAAAAAACAUCUGCCUCGCUAUUUUGAAGCGCGCCCUAUAUACUCAAAUAUAUGUAGUUUUAAAUUCUGUAUCUUAACAUUCCCCACAAGCUUUAUGUUAAACAUUUUUUCUUGAUUCGCAAAAUAAAUGAAAAAUUCUGAACUUUAUUGUUGACUCACCCUGUACAGAUCACCCUGUAUGAUCAAAAAGUUUAAAUAUCAGGUGUGAUUUGUAUAAUGACUAAUGACAGAUAUAAGCAAUUCUUAUGGGAAAAUUAUAUUAGGAUUAUUUUAACUGUCAAAAUCAAAGCCUGCUUGAACAUAAAAAACUUUUUGUUCGUAAAGUACAAUAUUCUCAAAAACUUUUAUGAUCAAGUGUGUUUUUUAUGAGAGAUUAAAAAAAUGUUAUAGUAAAUUAAAUUGUAUGGCUUUAAUUCUCAAAGUCAAAGCCUACUUGGUCAUAAACCUCUGAUUGUACAGUUAUCUUUAAUGUAGCUACUAUACAGGAUGAACCAGUGUUCUCAAUAAUCUCCAUAUCAGGUUUUAUAUUUGAGAUUUUUACUCCAUUUUUUGUAAAACAUGCUGGGAAUACUAGCCCACAUUUUAAAAAUGUUUUUGGUUGAUAACUAACCAUACGAUCGAGAAAAAAAAACGGCGUCAAAGACGGCUGGGGAAUCACAAUCGAUGAAAAUGUUACCGAAGUCAAGCUCUAGAUGUCAUUUACUUGGCCCGUACUCUUCUUUAUUUUUUAAUGGCGCCUACUGUCAGUUGGCCUUAAGAAUGGUGUAGUUUAAAAUUUGAGAAAAAAUAUUUUUGUUCAGAAACAGAUU